AUGAAGAUUAAACAUGUUACGUACGGGGAUAAAUUCUGGAAGAACCGGAAAGCCUGGACACCACAGUACAAGCCCGACUACAGCUCCGCACCUCCCGGGUUUGACCCGACGCGACCAGGAACAGGUUCGCCUGACACUUCCGCAUGGCCUGUCUUUGACGGGCACACACGUGGAAAUUCCGGCUCAUGGCCACCACCUGCAGGAGUGGUUCUAGGCAGCAGUUUGGUGUACGACGCGAUCAAACGGAUGCCAGCAAAGAUGCGCGGACAUUGCUAUCCAAUUAACUUUGCGAGCAACGGUACGAUUCGACCGACGUGUCCACCAUUCGGGCCUAUGCCGAUUAUCAACUCUAACUGUCUGAUCUUUGUGGUCGUAUACCAACAAUACUACUGUUUCGUUCCCGAAUCAGUUGUCCGAUCUGUUGGUUACCUCUUGGCAGGUCUUCUUGUGGUUCAUACGGUCAGCUUGAGCCUUCUUCAACGAACAUUUCUCUCUCCUUGCCGGACGUGA